AUGUUCUCCUCUAAAUCAAAGUCCAACUCAUCCGAGUAUGCGCCCGUUGCGCUACACGACCAUGUCAACGACUCCAUCCCAACUCUUGAGAAGCGCUCCUCUUCCGAGGACGAGGACGACCACUCUGCCCCCUUGCUGGAAGCCGAGGACAACCUCCCCGCCCUCGCUCCAUCCAAGCCUUCCCAGCUGCCCAAGCUCAUCCUCUACUUCUCCUUCGCCCUCGCGCUGCUAUCAGCAGUGAAUGUCGCUCUCCUCCCCACCACACUAUCAAAGUACCGAGCCUACCCCUUCUCCGACUCCGAGCUUGAGGCGCUCCCCUAUGGCGACGCUAGGCUGGGGCUGGACAGGGCAGCGAAAAUGAUUCCCCCUCCUCAAGUCUAUCACCACGUUUGGCCAGAUAGAAUUGCACGGGUGAGCCGGAAGUUGAAGAAUGCCGUGUGGGGCCAAGGGGUGCAGGUCUAUGUUACUGUUGAAGACUCGACAAUUAUGCGCUUUCCCAUCCCCUCCAUCGGCGUCAACGCCUGCGCACUCUCCUGGCGGCCGCCUCCUGAGCUCUCUGCACGUGCCAAGGAUGUCACAACCAAGGGGGAUGUAACGGAAAUCGAAGUCUGGCAGCUUAUCGCGCCCUCGGCCACCUCGGCCAACAGUAUUGACGAGCUCGACUAUGACGCCUUAUCGUACUCGACCCUUCCCGUACGUGGGGAGCUACUCGGCGUGCUAGACCUCACAGCCAAGCCGAAUAGCACAACACUGGAUUCCAAGUUCCAACUACGCAAACCCCUCUCAGCCGUCUUGUGCCCAACACCCAUCGAUCGCAACAUGUCCACUCAACUCAACGCCGCUUUUAUUGCCCGUCUCUCUCUACACGACCCCGCCCACUUCAACAUCCAGCACUCCCAAACUCUUCAUCGCCUGGUGCUUCUGGAGCACUGGAACAUUCCCACGGGCUCCAAGGUACUAGAAUUAGGAUGCGGGCAAGGGGACUGUACGACUGUCCUUGCCUAUGCUGUGGGCGAGCAGGGGAACGUGGAGGCGGUCGAUCCGGCGGAAUUGGAUUAUGGUGCCCCGUAUACUCUCGGCCAAGCACAGGAUCACAUCUCGCAAGGCCCGCUGGGUAGGCGGAUUACUUGGGUCCAUCAAUCCCCGCUGGACUACCUCUCCUCCCUCCCCUCCCCUUCUUCAACCUCGUCGCCGCCCGCCAGCGAAAGCAAGACCUUCGACGCAACAGUGCUCGCCCAUUGCCUGUGGUACUUCCCCUCCCCUUCGCUCAUCCUUUCCACCUUCCGCGCCCUGAAGCAGCACAGCAAGCGUCUCCUCCUAGCUGAGUGGUCGUUAGUAGCGACGCACCCCUCUUCCCAGCCUCACGUGCUAGCUGCGCUCACCCAGGCAGCGCUGGAGUGCCGUAAACCCAAGAGCGACUCCAACGUCCGCACGGUGCUGGGGCCAAAGCGGAUUACCGAGCUGGCCCUGGCUGCCGGGUGGCAGCUGGAAAGUGAGACCCACGUGCAAGGUGGGGAGGGGUUGUUGGACGGACAAUGGGAAGUCUCUGCUUGUCUUUCGUCCUCUUUCGAAAAGGAAGUGGAGGAGCGAGUGAGUGAUGAGAGGGAACGGGGUGUGAUUAUUGCGUCGCGGGAUGCGUGUGAGGCGAGUUUGGAGGGUGUGCAGGGGGGUCGGAAAGGAGUUAGGGCGAUGGAUGUUUGGGCUGCUAGGUUCGUCUGA